AUUACCAGCAACACGAAAGGUAGGAGGUAGCGCGUGCGCGUUGACGUACUUGUAUCGACCAGACUCAAGUCGAGGGAAAUGUACAAGUUUGCAUCGUUCAGCCAGCGCCUUGUCGCUACACGCGACCUGUGCAGCCCGGGAAAAGGAAUAGAAUAAGUUACAUAUCUUUCAACACAGGUUUCGGAAAUUAAAAAUAUUAAGUUUAUUUUACGAUUGGCAACGCGUAAAAGAAACAAUUUCGCUUUACACGUUCUGCGUCUUAUGCAGUGAUGUACAAAGAAUGUCUCGACCCGAAGACUGUAUUCUGUCAAUGGAUAUUUGGACCUGGUGGAAGUUUUGGCUAGAAUAGUCCUAUAAGAAGAUUAAUGAAUCAUGUGUACUGUCAGGUUAGAAUGAAGUUUCGGUCACCUUGCACAAGGAGGUUGAGCGUUUAAAAAUUUGUAUUGCACAAAAAAUAUUCUAAGAUUGUAUUACUUGAUCAGUGGUUGUUUGGAAUCAAAGAAAAUCUUCGAGAAUCACGAGAUACUCGUGGCAUGCGUGCAGAUCGUCUUGACGACGAGGUACUCCUCCGCGUGGCCAAGAAAACGUGGGAGCAGGAUGAUCCUCGCGAGAGAGAUGGAUCGGCAUUCGAGAUCACCAGCCCGAAGGGAGGUUCACGAUUACGGAGAUGGCUAAUAGCAAUACUGAUAUUUCUAUUUGUGUCCCUUGUUGCAAUCAAUAGCUUCACUAUCGAUCAAUUGAGAAUCGCCCGUCUUGGACACGUUUCGAAUCAAGAUAAUAACACUCAGCAUUUUAUGGGAGGUCCAAAGCUGAAUCCAGCCACUGGCUAUCUCGUUCGUAAUAAAGGCUGCAGAAUACCAGCACUCGACCCAUUUGAUCCUGCUAUACGUCGCUACGUGCAUAAAGAGAAGCCGAUAGUUUGUGAUUUUGGUAACAACUUGCCUCUCGUCGAAUCCAACGACAGUCACAUCUUUGUGAAUCCAGAAGCACGUGGCUUUUAUUACAAUAAGGAUGAGAGGGUGAAGUGUUGCUGGCGAGAAUUUUGGCGGGAAGCGAAUAACGACGAAUCUGUGACAUUCGCCAAGGACUGCAAUUAUUUCGAGGAAUGGGCAAUCGUCACUGCGGAAUUCAUUAAAGUAGAAUGUACAAAGAAGAACGAGAAAAUAUAUCGAGAUUAUCACGCAUUCGUACCGCAUAAGCCGCAAGUAGAAUCAAGAUGCCAAAAAAAAUUAGACACAAGAAAAGAUGUUUCUCCACUAAGUGUUCUCAUAGUAGGGUUAGACUCAAUAUCGCGUAUGAAUUUUCAUCGAAUGAUGCCAAAGACUGUAGAGGCACUACGUAAACUCGAGGCCGUAGAAAUGUUGGGAUACAACAAAGUCGGAGACAAUACUUAUCCGAAUAUCGUACCAGUAUUAUCAGGAUUAUCACAAGAGGAACUUGUUGGACGAUGUUGGGACAAUCGCAAAAAACCAUUCGACGAGUGUCCUUUCCUCUGGAAGAAUUUCAGUGCGUCGGGUUACCGUACCAUUUUCGGUGAAGACGCCUGCGAAAUGACGACUUUCAACUAUCUGAAACCAGGCUUUAAGAAACAACCAACGGACUACUAUCUGCGGCCAUAUUGCAUCGCUGCCGAACAUGACAUCGGCAAUACUCAUAAGCUCAAUGCAGAUAUCUGCCUCGGUACGAGAAAGAAUUUUGAUAAUUUACUGAACUAUACUAGGAAGGUGAUUAACAGCUUCGCCGAAGAUCCUUAUUUCGCUUUUUUCUGGCAAUCUAGUUUAACUCACGAUUUCUUCAAUUUUCCACAACUUGGCGACGAAUCUUAUCGGCAGUUCUUUGAGUAUGUUGGACGCGACGAUCUCCUUAUGAAUACAGCCCUUGUUAUCAUGAGUGAUCACGGUAUGAGAUGGGGGGAUUUUCGACAGACUUAUCAAGGAAGACUAGAAGGUAGCUUACCGUUUGUGUUUUUGGUUCUACCAAAAUGGUGGAGGAAACGCUUUCCCGUUGCUUGGGCGAAUUUACAUAGAAACACUAGAAGUUUGACGACACCGUUUGAUCUUCACGAGACUCUUCUUGAUAUUCUUCAUCCGGAGAAUCUUCGCGAAAUGAAUCUGAAAAAUCGUACGAAUAUCCUGGGGUCGUAUAAUGGUGAAAACAUACCUCGUGGUAUUAGUUGGUUCCUUCCGGUACCUGAUCAUAGGACCUGUACUACUGCCGGGAUUCCUGGACACUGGUGCAUGUGUCAUGAUAGCAGAAACGUCUCGCUCAAUGAUCCUGAUCUCCAAGGAAUUUUAGAUUUCUUCCUUCAGGAGCUCAAUCGGAUGCUUGCUGAUUAUCGCCAAUGUGCGGUGCUCAAAUUAAAAAGCCUAAUGGACGCUAAAGUGUGGACUGGUAAGAUUGAAGCGGAUGACAAAAAAGCACCUUGGACUGAUUAUACUAUCAGUAUACAAACAUAUCCAGGUGACGCAAUUUUUGAGGGCAGUAUACGAAAUCGGUUUGACAAUAGCAGUAACAGUAACAACAGUAGCAAUACCAAGGAAUUGUUGGGGUCUAUAAGUAGACUGAAUACGUAUGGCAAACAGAGUGCCUGCGUCGAUGAUUUCAACAUGCGCCUAUAUUGCUACUGCCUCUAAGCUGGCAUCACAUAUCUCAGAUAUUACGCCCAUGUGAUAUUUUAUAAUCUCUUCAUUAUCGUAUACAUAUUGUCUCCUCUAAUGUUUCAGCGUUGACUGAAGAGGUAAAUAGACUGGACAUCUUAUGAGAUAUAAUACAAUGGGAGCCUGUGUGUCGCGGAUAGCUAUAAAUAGACUUAUCCCAUUAUAGAUAUAUAUUCUACAUAUCAGAUAUAGAUACAUAUAUGUAUAUUCUACAUAUCAGAAUCGUGAGGCGCAGAAUAUAGGAACAUCUAUAGACUAUUUAUAUUCAGUCGGCUAAAUUUAAGAAUACGCCUCCCUCUAUUUAUAUAUUAUAUAUAUAUAUAUAUAUAUAUUUCGCAGCUAACUUGAAGAAGGCGUAUUCUUAAGUUUUACCAAAGAGUAAACUUCGAGUUGCCGGUUUUCCUUGUUCUUUCUUUUUUAAUCAUGGGAAGCACGUGAUGCAUGUAUGUGGAAAUUAGAAUUUGGAAGACAAACAAGAUUAAAAAUGUGGUCGCUUACUAAUGGCUAAGUGAAUUUUCGAAAUAAAUUACGGUACUCAUAUAGAAGUGA